AUGGUUCGUCGUCAACUCUCCUGUCGAUCCCAUUUCAGUGGAAGCAGCACAAAUUCAUUGCGCAGCGAUGCAUCGGCCAAGAUCCACAGCACGGCUCGCCCACUGGCGGUAUGUAGCGAGAAGUCGCUUUUGAAGUACCACCACGACCAUUCUGCUCGUGCUGAAGAGCCUCUCGAUUAUGAUGACUAUGGAAGCUCCUGUUCCUCUUUGGCCUCAGGCGACACCUACGCCUCGACACUUGACUCAGAAGACGUGGUCCAUCAUCCAAAAUUCGAGGCACCAGUGACUCGUUACGCUGUCUAUGCGUCGGAUGCAAUUGCAUCCACUCCAGCAGACUUUGCAAAGUCUUUCACCUCGAAUCGUACCUUCCAUAUUCAACACGACGAUGCUACCAGCGAUGGAAAUAUGAAUCUCCGCGUCGACACCGAGGUUGUUGAUUCUCAUGGUCGUCCACGGAAGCUCAUCCUCUUCCAUCUGCAGAUGCAUGAUCUGAAAGACAGACGUUUCUCCUUGAGACGAUACUGUCGAGACUCAGGCCGGCAGAUAUGCAGCUCAAGCCGCAAGUUCUCACCUAUGCCAGUGCGGAUGCCUGCAAAGUCACACCUUCAGCAAUCGCUUGGUCAUGCUUUUCAACAACCUCGUCCCAACCACUCAGGAUCUGUCUCGCACCCUAGUGCCUCUUCAGAGCAAGAGCCAGGGCAGCUUUCAAUUGCGAGCCAGUAUUAUACACCUUCGAACGCAGAACGUCGCUCGCCAGAAAUGGCCGCAUCGACAACCAACACGGUUCACCUAGAGUUUGCGAACUAUGCGCAUAUCAAUUUAAACAAACAGGGGUUGAAGAGGUCGAAGAGGUAUGAGUAUGAGUUCUGGGGAACGAAGUACACAUGGCGGCGCCAGAUUUACCAACAUGGCCGUACCCAGGAGGUCUCAUACCAUCUGAUAAGUGACAAAACAUCCAAAUCGAUUGCUCACAUUACACCAAAAUCGUUGACCGCCAGGGAGGCCCAGGAAGAGGAGGAUUUUGGUGGCUGGGUGCCGCCUUGCACUAUGCAAAUAACAGACAGGCGGAUUUUCCAAAGCUUGACCGAUGUUGCCGACACCCUUGUUGCGACUGGUCUCAUUGCCCUGGUGGAUGACUGUAUCGAACGUCGCUGGCACAGCAAGCGGAGCUUCCAUCUCGACUUGCCCUUUCAAGAAAGCGCAGGUGCCAUGGGACCAGAUGAACUGAUUGAUAAGAUCUUCAAUCGCAACAUUGUCACAACACAACACAACUACUAG